UCACCAUUGUUAUAAGUCGAAACAUUAGACAAGUUACGGAAUAAAGUCUCUACGAGGCUUACAAGGUAUGUAAAGCUAUCCCUUCUUUCUUUUGGCAUGUCCUAGACGUAAGUGAUGAAUGAAAUGAGCUUUGGGGUAAUCCCAUUCAUAAGUUCCGAAUAUGAUUCAUGAUUCUUAUUCACUUCUUGAUGUUAGAGCUUUUAAAGUAGUCAAGCCACUGCCCUCGAGCUUUCUAUAUGUUGUAUAGUAUAAUCGUAUGUAUAAGUCUCUAUUCCUAAAGGCUCUAUAAUGACUAAUGCCCUUAACUUUCAUAAGCUGUCUCGUAUUGAUUUGAUACCUGUCUAUGAUCCCUGAGACGUUAUUUAAUAUAGUUCAUAAUGAUAUUCAAAGAGCCACUAGGAUGGCUAAUGUUCUUGAUUUCCAGAAACUAUUUUAUUAUGUCUUGAUACGUGUAUAUAAUCCUUGAGGUUCUAUUUUUGUAUAAUCCACAGCGACAUUCGAAAGGUAUUUGAUAUGACUAUUGUCUUGGUUUUCAAAUGAUGAUUCGUUUUGAUUAUUCUAUUGAGUCUCAGAUAUGAUUUAAUUUGCAUAUGGUUUCUCACUACUCUGCUCGUGCAUGCAUCAAUACAUCUUUCACUGAGUCCCGGACCAGGACAUGUUUUCGUGCACAGAUCCACUGCAUUAUUCACCGAGUCCCUCACUAGAGGGCCGGGACACGCUAUAUAUAUGUAUAUGAUGAUAUGAUGACAUGAUGAUAUGAUGAUAUGGGGAUGGCGGCCAGGAUGGCACAUGAUGAUCUUAUUCACCGAGUCCCUCACUAGAGGGUCGGGACACGUUAUACAUAUGCAUAUGAACAGGAUGAUUCUCUAAUGGUGACAUUAAGUUUCAUAACGAGUUAAGUCUGAUAUUGACACCAUGAUUUAUGAUUCAAAGGUAAGCCUUGUGGUUUUCUGGUUAUUGUACUAGUUUUCUGUACUCCUCACUUCAGUAUGAUCUUGUUUAUUGUAUUUAUGCUUUACAUGCUCAGUACAUAUUCCGUACUGACCACCUUUCUUCGGGGGGCUGCGUUCAUGCCCGCAGGUACAGAUGCUCACGUUGGUAACCCGCCAGCUUAGGAGUCCUAUUCAGCUAUCUUGGAGAGCUCCCUUGUUCCGGAGCCUAGAUUUUGGUACAAAAUCUCUUGUGGUGUAUAUGUAUUUUAUCCAGGGGUACGGCGGGGCCCUGUCCCGUCAUAUGAUACUGUUGUUACUCUUAGAGGUCUGUAGUCAUAUGUGUGGGUUGUGUAUCGAUGUUGUUCAGUUGUGUCUAUAUGGCUUAUGUUUUGGGACGUUCUCAUUCGUAGUGGCAGACUUGUCGGCUAGCGUAGAUAUAUAUAUAUAUAUAUAUAUAUAUGUGUGUGUGUGUGUGUGUGUGUGUGUGUGUGUGUGUGUGUGUGUGUGUGUGUUUUGAGAAGUAAUGUGUUAUGAUAGCCUUGUCGGCUCGUUUAUAGCGGGGAUGUUCCCUUAUAUAUUAUGAAAGCCUUGUCGGCUCGUUUAUAGCGGGGAUGUUCCCUUAUAUAUUAUGAAAGCCUUGUCGGCUUAUGUACUAUAAUGUCUGUUGAAAGUUGUACCUCCCCAGGAGACAGGUUGUUGUGAUACGUCUAAAUAAUGCGACAGUUUUGAGACGACGUCUUGCCUUGGUAUUGAUAAGUCUGUAUUAUGCUAGUUGUGGAUGAUUAUAGUUAACAGGUACAUACGAGUGUCCAGCUCGGGCACUAGUCACGGCCCACGGGGUUGGGUCGUGACAAUUAUUCUUCCAUUAUAGUUCUAGAAAAGAAAUGACUAGCUAAAAACUUAUCCGUAUAAGGCUAUCCUAAUUUGCUGAAAUGUCCAAUAGUUAAUAGUAGUUUUUUUUUUCAAUUUAAGGCUAAACCCAGGGCUUAGAGGCUAAAUUGAAUACAAGGCUAAACCCAAGGCUAAGGGAUCAAUUGAACCAGCGAUUUCUCAAAUCUGUACCUCAAAGAGAACUAAGAAUCCUCACCUGCAAGGAAAGUGACCUCUCUGCAAAUGGGCUCCGAAGAUUUAGAAGGAAAAGAAAUUUGGUGUUUGACGAAGACGGGGAAAGGGAGAGAACGCUACUGGAAGAACAUUAAUAUAGUGUUCAGGACUAUUUGUGAGGCUUUUGCAGAAACAUGUAAUGCCAGAAGAGGCUGGCAUUGGAGAAAAAGCACAACGUUCUCCACUUCUCUAUACAAGAAGAAAGGGAGCAACCACCAUAACAAUGGCAAGUCAAAUACAAAACCAACAACACCACAACCAUCACUCUCACCUUCUCUACCCAACAUGCCCACCAUUUUCAAUGUGAGGGACUUUGGUGCCAAAGGGGAUGGAAAGAGUGAUGAUACUAAGGCGUUCGAAGCCGCAUGGGAAGCUGCUUGUAAAGUGGAAUCAUCAACAAUCUUCGUCCCAUCAGAAUAUGUAUUCCUUGUCGGACCCAUUUCAUUCUCUGGUCCAUACUGUCAGCACAACAUUGUAUUUCAGAUAGAUGGAACGAUCAUAGCUCCAGCAGAUGCCAAUGCUUGGGGUUCAGGUCUUUUACAAUGGCUUGACUUCACAAAACUGGUCGGAAUUACAGUUAAAGGAAGCGGCAAGAUUGAUGGAAAUGGUGCGGUUUGGUGGAAAGAUACCCAAUUUGAUGAUCCUAUAGACAAUGAAUCGAAAUUAGUUAUCCCAUCAAACAGCACCAUGCAGAGAAAUCUUCCAAUUCCUCUAAGCAGCUCCCUUGGUGGAAGAAUGCCACGCAUUAAGCCAACAGCUCUUAGAUUUUAUGGAAGUUUCAAUGUGACAGUCACAGGCAUUACAAUUCAUAAUAGUCCACAGUGUCAUCUCAAGUUUGACAACUGCAUCGGGGUAUCAGUGUACAAUUUCAGUGUCUCAUCACCUGGUGAUAGUCCUAAUACAGAUGGAGUCCACUUACAGAACUCGAAAGAUGUCCUUAUCCGCAGUUCCAACGUUUCAUGCGGAGAUGACUGUGUCUCAAUACAAACUGGAUGCACGAAUGUAUAUAUACACAAUAUAAAUUGUGGGCCAGGACAUGGAAUAAGCAUUGGAGGGCUUGGGAAAGAUAAUACAAAAGCUUGCGUUUCAAACGUCACUGUGAAAGACGUCAUUAUGCAUAACACAAUGAAUGGUGUGAGGAUUAAGACAUGGCAGGGUGGAUCAGGGUCGGUGCAAGGACUGAUGUUCUCAAACAUACAAGUUUCUGAAGUCCAAAUACCAAUUGUAAUUGAUCAGUUUUAUUGUGACAAGAACAAAUGCCAGAACCAGACAUCAGCAGUGGCUUUAUCAGGAAUAAACUAUGAAAAAAUAACAGGAACAUAUACGGUAAAACCCGUGCAUCUUGCAUGUAGUGACACUAUGCCCUGUAUAGAUGUGACCUUGACAGACAUCAAACUAAAGCCAAUACAAGAGCAAUACCACAUGUAUGACCCAUACUGCUGGCAGACCUUUGGAGAGUUAUAUACUCCUACCGUCCCUCCAAUAGAAUGUCUACAAGUUGGCAAGCCAUCAAGCAGCAUGACACAAGCUGAUUAUGAUCAAUGCGAAGUAUAGUGACACAUAUAUUAUUAUCAUUUAUAUAUUUUGGUGUUCUUAUUUGUGUGGCCGGCAAUGUUUUGCUGACCCCUAUUACACCAUAAAGAACAUGAGUGCUGAUUCUUACUAGGAUUAGAACAUAGAAUAUGUGUUUCUUUACAAGCAUUACUUGAGUGUGGGGGUAUACUAUAACUUUUAAUAGCUGGGAUUUCUAUAGUAAGGUAUGUUAAGACACUUCCCUUCAUGCAAAAUGUCCGCUGAAGUUUGUCAGAAUGA